ACAUUGAAUUUGUUUCGCGAUAAUAGAUUAGAUCACGUUUAUGCAGGUAUAUCCGCGGUCUAAUGAUUAUGUGCGAUAACGCGAAACCAUAUGAAUCUUGAAAUCCCCAGCCGAACACCUGUUCUUCGUUGCAUUUCACCAUCAGAUGACGUCAUCGUGAUUUGUGUACAUAAAUCAAACUAGAGAAACAGAGAGACAAACAACAUCACAUCAAGUUGUGCAUCACCCGAUAUGGACAGUCUACGGCGGGCUGCAAAAAUCCAAAACAAGGUCAACUGUCAAGCCACUCUCACUGUAUAGAAUCGAAAUUUAAUUGAUUUUGAUUAACUGCUCAACCGCAGCAUAGUUUUAUUGGCCGCGAAGGACUCCAAAUCUUGUGCUGCAUCGAACAACGUUCCCAUUGAAACGGUGGAUUGCGAGUAUAACGAACAGGAAACCGUUGAUAUCUGCUGUGCAUCAAUAGUAAAAAAAUAUGUCAUCAGCAUCAAGAAGAUUGUGAUUGUGCUGCGAGACGACGGUGUGUGAGAUAAUAAAUAGUGUUACGAUGGGCACUCGAAAACGUCUGGCUGAAUGUAGGUGCAUACGAUACCAUAGGAAAUGUGCUAACGGUAGCGCAGCGUGAGUUCAAAGAGUUUCCAAGUGCGUGCAAAAGCUUCCGCCAUAGAACGGUGUGCAAAACGACAAGACGUGUUCGGCCACAGCAACUGCUUCGAUGGCUCAAUCAUUUACUUGGUUUCCAGUGAACCACCUUGGCAGCACAAAAAACAACGAGCGUCUUCAUAACUCAUACGAAUAUCCGUCGGUACCACUGUGUUCAGCGAACGAUGUGCAGCUACGCUUUCUCUGCCCGGACGAUCUCGAGGAGGUACGGACCUUGUGUCAGGAUUGGUUCCCCAUCGAUUAUCCUCUUUCGUGGUACGUGGACAUUACGUCCAGUACGCGCUUUUUCGCGCUGGCAGCCAUUUACAACUUCAGCAUCAUUGGGCUAAUCGUGGCGGAGAUCAAAUCGUACAGCAAGCUUAACAAAGAGUGCGCUUUGUUCCGUCCACAGGAUCGGGGCAUUCUUCCGGAAUCGAUGGGUCGGGAUGCAGAGAUUGGGUACAUUUUGUCGUUGGGAGUACAUCGAAAGUACCGCCAAAACGGUAUUGGUUCGCUGUUGCUCGAUUCCCUAAUCAACCACCUAACGACUGCGGAGCGGCACAAAGUGAAGGCAAUAUUUCUGCACGUACUAACCACGAAUCGUACCGCCAUACUUUUCUACGAACGAAGAGGGUUUGUCCUUCAUUCCUUUUUGCCUUACUACUACUCGAUACGCGGUAAAUGCAAAGAUGGUUUCACCUACGUGUCCUACAUUAAUGGGGGCCAUUCGCCAUGGAGUUUAUACGAUUAUUUGAAGUACUGGUGCUCGCAAAUUCUAACUGCCGGUGGACUUUGUCCGUGGAUCUGCGGUCGUAUGCGGACGGCGUUUCGAUGGGUAUGCUACCGUACGGUCGGACGAUUUAACCUGCAGCAGGAUGAAUAGAUCAACGGACGAUGCCUGAGUGGCCACUACAAGCAAACAGUUAACGUUUCAUUUCCGGGUCGAGUAGAUUUUGUACCAGCACCAUGCUUCCAUCGUUCAUCGUUUUGUCGGUCGUCGCACGUGCGAUUAUUACCCUUGGAAUUCGUUUAGUAAACCUUUUUUUAAAUAUGCAAUCCUCAACAACCACACCAAUGCUGGAUCGCGUACGUAUCAUGCGUAUCGGUGAUCGAUUUAACCAAGCGUUCAUCCACUAGAAAGCGCGCUUAACAUGCUUUAGCUUUCCAACUUUGCCAUCCUGUUUCGAUUAGGUUAAUUUGUUACGCUCAGGAUAUAUUUUAUAUGCGUUUGUUUUUGUUGCGAUUAAGCAAACGAAACGCACCGAUGAUGGUCUCUUUGUCAUAUCAGUAAUCAGUAAGCAUUUUAUUUGUGAUAUUACAUUCUUCAUCAGCUGGCCGAAUGAUUCCGCUAAAGGAGACAACUAGUGUGUAGGGACGAUAGUGAACAAAAAAGAAACAUAUUUUGUAACAGCUGUACAUAAAAAAACGCAAAACGACCAACAAAUUGUCACAAAUCGUGGAAAGACAUACAAAACGGCUAAGUCACCUAUGUCAAGAGGCGCAUGAGGGGAAAGGAAAAUAAUGGAAAGUAAUAUAAAACAAAACAAAAAACGUUAUAGAUAUUUUACACAUGCAUAUUACUAUAUAAAAGCAUAUUGAGUGGAUAGUAUAGGGCACAGAAUCGCACAUGGUUUUUAAGCUAUUCAAAUGUUUUCACGUGUGGUUUUUGAAUGAUUUUUUGGUAAUAUAAAUUACGCGCACUAAAGGAAAGGACAAAGACAAUUAGUUGUGCAUGCUUGCAUAUAUAGCGAAAGUUACACGUUAAUUACAGAAGUUCGUUUGUUGAGUUUAUUUUUUAAACAAUUUACACAUUUUUGAUGUUUUAUAACUCUCCUUCAAAUGAUCCAUUAAUGGAGCUGGAUGUUGAUCGAUGACAAACACCGUGAAAGUGGCUUUUUUUUUAAAUUAACUAAUGCGUUGAAUUGUGAAAUGGUGGUAGGAUUCAUCGAUGGUCCUUUGAGAUGCAUUAAGAGACAGAUGUUUAAAAUUUUAAAAGAAAAAAAGCCAUAAUAAUGUUUGCUGCGGCCUUCCAAAUGCGAGCCUCUUUAGUGAAACCUUUCACGAACUAAAAAGACAACUUGACCACGGACACAACACAAACGAAACCGGGCGCAGAUAUGUAUAUGCAUGUGUGUUAACAUCUAAGAUGAUAUUUAUUAAACCUAAGCAAAACGAGCAACAUAAAAACAAACGAGACAUCCUCUGUGGGGGACUGUGAAAGACAAAGGCAGACAGUUUGUGUAUGGUCAACAGGAACUGUUUAGUUUUCAAGUUAUGCCAAAAAUAUAGUAUAAUUAAGAUGUAAUACACAA